GACUUUACUAACACCUUCAAUACAACCGUUUACAUCGCAACAUGAUACGAAGAAAUACUCGUCUUCGAAGAGAAUACCUCUACAGGAAAUCCUUGGAAUCCAAGGAACGAGCCACCUUUGAACGAAAGCAACAGAUCAAAGAAGCGAUUGAACAGGGUAAACCAGUUCCCACUGAGCUUCAAAACACUGGUGACUCCAUGAAGGCAGAUCUUCCCUUCGACGAGGCUCAAACUGAACCCACUUCCCACGUUGAUGAUGAAUACGCUAGGGCUGGUAUAUACGACCCUAAGAUUUUGAUCACAACUUCUCGAGACCCAAGCAGUCGUCUUCAACAAUUUUCAAAGGAAAUGCGACUCGUAUUUCCCAACUCACAGCGUAUAAAUCGUGGUAACCACGUUAUGAAGGAGAUUGUGGAUGCGUGUAGAGCAAACGAGGUCACAGAUUUGGUUAUCUUUCACGAGCACCGAGGUCAACCUGACGGUAUGGUGGUUUGUCACUUCCCAUAUGGCCCAACUGCAUACUUUUCAUUGCAUAACGUUGUGCUUCGACACGAUAUCAAAGACCAAGGCACCGUGUCUGAAGCAUUCCCUCACCUCAUCUUCCACAACUUCAAUUCCAAGCUCGGACACAGAGUAACCAACAUCCUCAAAUACCUCUUCCCUGUUCCAAAGGAAGAUAGCAAGCGAGUGAUGACAUUUUCAAAUGAUAGUGAUUUCAUAUCAUUCCGACACCAUGUAUUUGUCAAGACUGGUCAUAAGGAUGCUCAGCUGGCUGAAGUUGGCCCUAGAUUUGAAAUGCGAUUAUAUGAAAUUAAGCUUGGAACUGUCGAUCUUACCGAUGCCGAUUCAGAAUGGCACCUUACACCAUUCACCAGAACUGCCCACAAGAGGGUUCAACUUUAGAAUUGCUUAUAUAUUCACUGAACUUGAUUAUUUUUUGAUAUACAUUCGCCUCCAUGUAAUUGUUCUCACUCACUUCAACCCCUUUUUCCAUCACUCAUGUCCGCAAUCAAUACCAUAAAACCCUCCA